AUGACAUCCAUGAAAGAAAAGAAGAGUGGUUACUAUUGCCAUUCCUUUUGGCUCUGUUGCUCGAAGAAGGAGAAGAAGAAAGCCAUUGAUACUUAUAGUGAUAGCAGCACAGAUCAAGACGAUGUUUCAUCGACGAUUUUUGGGCCGGAAAGCAAAGGAUCGUGCACGUUCAUCUGUUGCUCCAUGAUCGAUGGAUCGCCUUCUUCUCCGGAGCCACUUCAUGCUCAAAAAAUUGAUUAUCCUUCUGAUAUGGGUAUGGCAAGGAGUGCUCUAGCAGUGGUGCCAGUGCCGCCACACAGGGAUGUCUAA